AUGUCGGAAAAAAAUAAAAGGAUAUAUUAUUUGGCAAACGUUUGCCACGUGUGUAAAUCUCCAGUAACUAAAUACACGUGUCUAAUAUGUAAAUUAGUUUUUUAUUGUUCAAUUAAACACCGUCGUCAGGAUUGGUUUUAUCAUAGCAAAACGUGUUGGGCGGUGAAUAAAAUUUGCAAAUAUAAAAACGUAACGAAUUUGUGUCAAUUGUACGGAAAUGGAGAAGAUUUCAUACACGUGAAAAACAACGUGGCCGGUCAAUUAAUGGAAAUACUCGAAAGAAAUUUAUUAUGUUGGGAAUUGGAAAUGAUUUAUCAUCCGAGGAUGUGCGAUUUCUGCCACGAAUUCGAUUUCGAUAAACUCGAACCGUGCGACAAAUGUAAAUUUAUAUUCACGUGUAAAGAAAAAAAACAUUUUAAUAAAAAUCAUCACGGAAAAUGGUGUCAACAAUUAAAAUUAUAUUACGAGUUAUCCGUGUGUGAAAAACCAAAUUUAAAUUUCGAGAAGUUUCUCAAAACGAAAUCGAUAAUAAAUAAAAAAUCGUAUAAGUCGAUGAAUGAAUUAUUAAACGAAGAUUUGAAUAAAAUUAAUAAUGAUAAUGAUGAUAAAACAAACGUUGAAUCGAUUGAUUUUAUAAAAUUUUGGAUUUCGGAUUUUAUAACGUAUCCAUUAACCGUUUUAAACAACGUUAAAGAAUUACAUUUAAUUUUUUUAGGACCUGAAUUAUUUAUCGAAAAUGAUAAAAAAUUAACGAAUUUGAAAUUAUGUAAAGAUUGCAGGUCGAAUAAUAAGAAAAUAAUUAACGAAUUUGUUUCUGGAAAAUUCUAUCAUGAAUAUUUACCAAAUCGUCCUAUCGUUGAUAUUGAUUUGAUAUGUGCUUUCAAUUCUGGAAUGUACAGGGAUUUCGGUUACGGAAAUGUGGAUUCGUGGAAGGAAACGAUACGGAGAUUAUUUAACGAAAAUUCAUCGCCGAUACUCAUAACCGAAUACACGGACGAAGAAUUACAAAAUGAUUUGAAAAAGUUGAAAAAACAAUUUUCAAAUUUAUUGUUUUUAGAAGAAUUUAAAACGAAUCCGUUUGCCAGUUUGAAACCAGGUUUGAACGUGUUAAAAUCGAAAAAGGAUUCUCCCGUCAUAUACAAAAAUAAUUACAGGUGCGUUUUAAAACCUAUAAUUCACGUCGAAUCACCCCCCGCGCCCCCCCCCCCCAAAACAGUAAAUAAGUAA